ACACUCCCGUUAUCUUGUAGGAAAUGGAAACAAACAUUAUUAAUGCAAAUAUAUUCCUGUAGUGCGGUGCCAGUUAAUGUAGAGAACAGUGUGUAGCAAUACGUGUUUUUAGUGCAAUGGCGGGUCACAGUUUGUUUAUAUUGUUGUGUUUAUUUGGACUUUCGGCACAGAAAUCUACACUUGACGACACAAGUUAUGUGGCAGCCGUAGUCGAAUACGAAGUGCAAGCAAACUCGAGUCUCAAUUUGGAAAACUAUGUUCAAUUGAUAAAAGACGCUGCUGACCAGAACGCAGAUAUCGUCGUGUUUCCUGAGAUGACAUUAACAGUUCACAGCCACGUCGUAAUCCCCAUCAACAGCUUGCUAAAGGACUACCCCGUGCCAGCACUACAACCACAACUCUAUGACGAGAUUCUAGUAUCUAUAUCAUCAGCAGCGAAAUUGAACGAAAUCUAUGUGGUGGUUAAUGUUGAAGAGAUAGUGAAUUGCACCAGCGGAGACGUAACUGGGGAGACUUGCCCGGAACAGAAGGUCUAUCUCUUCAACACAAAUGUAGUAUUUGAUAGGAAUGGCACGGUUAUUGAUAGGUACCGUAAAAUCAAUUUGUUUGGUGAAUACACGCGGAAUCCUGCCUUGUCAUCGGAGUUAGGAAUCUUUAAGACGGACUUUGGCGUUACCUUUGGCCACUUUAUCUGCUUCGACCUGAUGUUCCAAGUGCCAGCAAUUCAAAUAGUUCAGAUGUAUAAUAUUACUGAUAUUGUUUUCUCGACUAUGUGGUUCUCAGAAUUGCCUUAUUUGACCGCUGUUCAGAUUCAGGAGGCAUAUGCAUAUUCCAUGAACGUGAACUUCUUAGGCGCCGGGGCUAACAAUGUUCGAGUGGGAAGUGCAGGUUCAGGUAUUUAUUCUGGUAAGGCUGGGGCAUUAGUAAGCAUAAUGCCCGGAGUUCCUACAACUAAACUACUUGUUGCGAGGGUGCCAAAAGUACCUGGGCAGGUUACAGGCUCCACCCCAGGUCCUAUUUAUAACAAUCCAUCGGAUCAAGAUAGUCUAUACCUUCUGACCGACUCUUCACUGCCUUCUCAUACAACCAGAUUAUUGACCUCCGGAAGCCAGCAGUUUAUGCUAAUAGACAAGGACGUAACAUGCUACUUCCGAGUACAGUUGGGUGAGAGGAACGGAGAAAAUGCACCUUUUUUUAGAGCUUUCAUCCACGAUGGUGUUAACGUCUACGCUAAACGUGACGUGGGCACAGUAGGCUGUGCGGUGGCUGCUUGUAAAACAGAAGACGUUAAGAGCUGUGUUUAUAGGUCCAAUAUAGAUACCGUUGAAGUUCAGGAGCUUGAUAUAAAAAUGAUUUAUCGAAAACACUAUAACAGUACACUAAAAUGCAAUGAUGUCGAAUAUUUUCCUAUAUCAAUAAGAAAAAACUUAUUUCCACUAGAUCCCUCGAAUUUCUCGUACAAAGAAGAUCAAAUAGAAAAUGAGGAAUAUGAAGAUAAUUUGAAUGAAAUAAAGCCAAACGAGGAACGUGUACAGAUAACAAACAAGAUAAAUUCACCCCAAACUGCACUUAUUUCGUUUGGAAUUUGGGGUAGAGUAUUCGAUAGAGAUGGAACAAUAUUGACAAACUUCUCCGAAGAAGAUAUUCAGAAAUAUAUUGAAAUUGAAAAUGCUAUAUACCACCCACAUAAGGACAGGAGUUCACUUAUCGAUGAUGAAUUAUAAACAAGUUUUUUAAAAUAAUCUUAAUUAUACAUAUUUUGUGUCAUGAACUUUUAUAUUAUUCUUUAUUGAGACUGUUUUUAUGUUUCGGAAUUGAUUUGGUGUUAUCAGCUAAACUGUAAAUAAAGUGAAGUAUAAUAAUAAUUUAGUGUCCAUAAUUCGUAUCCUCUCUAUAUUCAUCAAGGUAUCCAUAAUUUAAACUUCUAUAGAGUUUUCUAUAGGCUUCAAUUGAUUGACAAUGGGUUCAAUUCAGUUGAAUUCAAAACUUUAAACAAAACUUAAUUGAAAUGUCUAACAAAUAGUGCAAUUCCUUUUAAACCAUUAUGCAUAUUUAUUAUCAAAUGAACACCUGAUGCCAUAGGAUUAAUUU